GGGAGCAGUGUUGUGUGAACGAUGCUGAAACCUCGUGUUUUCUCGCGAUACGUGAUUGACGACUGCUGCAGAAUUCAAACUAGCCGUUUGAAAGUUCCCGAGCAAGAAAGCAGUUGGAGUAUUUCAUUCUUCAGAUAUAAGGUUGCUAUCGCCUAAAGAUGUCAGAUCUAGAGGAUGAGAUUAAAGGGUUGCGGCGGAAGGUGCAGGAAGGAGAAGAGGCUCUUCAGAGGGCUGGGCAGUAUGGACUUCAACUCUUGGAUGACAAAAUGGAUCUGCACAACAAAUUGGAGGAACAACGAAUUGAGAUGUUCAGUGUCAUUGAGGCCCUGGAACAAGAGAAAUACUCUUUACAAAGGGAAGUUGAGUUAAAGGCCCGGAUGCUGGAGAGUCUUCGAUCAGAAUUUGAUCUUGUCAAAACCCAACAGAAACAUCAAAUGGAGCAGCAACAAACUCUGCUGGAGAGGAACCAUGCUCUUGAGCUCAGUGAUUUAAAGAAUAAGUUGGAAAAAAUGAAGACCGAUUUAGAGGAGGCUCAACUUGCUGGGAAGCAGAUGAGACACAAGCUGGACCAGCAGUCUGAAGCACUAAACAGCAAAACCGAAGAACUUCGUGUCCUUACAGAACGUGCACAUGAAACAAUGUCCUCAGAGAUCCUUGAGCUACAAAUGCAGAAAAUUGAUAUGGAAUCAGCAAUGGAGACUUUAGAGCAGGAGCUUCAAGAGGCACGAUACAAAGAAGAGCAAUUACAUUUGGCCAACACCACCCUCCAGAGACAACAAGAGAGACUCACAGAAGAGAAGGAAGAGAGAGAGAAAGAGGCAGUGUCCUGCUACAAUGCUUUGGAGAAAGCUCGUGAAGCCAACCAAGACCUUCAAAUCCAGCUGGAACAGGUGUUGCAGCAGGCACAAGAUCCAAACAGCAAAGGCAAUUCCUUGUUUUCAGAGGUAGAGGACAAGAGAGCAGAGAUGGAGCGGCAGCUGAACAGCAUGAAACGACAGCAUGAGUCUCUACAAAAGCAGCAUGCUCUCACCAAGCAACUUAUGCAACGCAUGAAGAUGCAGAUAGCCACCCUUAUGCAGCUCCAGGGCAACAGGGCCGACCCAGCACAGAUUGAACGAUUGCAAUUCAUGUUAUCUGAAAAGAACAAUGAGAUAGAAAGCCUGAUGAUGAAAGUAAGAGAACUGGAGAAAGAGAAGAUGACCGUAAAAGACCAGCAUCCACCUGCCCCCUCUAAAGAGGGCGAACUUAUGGAUGAGACUUAUUACACAGACCUAUUAAAAAUGCAACUUUCAAAUUCAAAGAAGGAUGCAGAGAAACUGAAGGCCGAGUUGUCCAUGGCAAGAAUGAAGGCUCUCUCUGAAAGUCAGAGAGUGUUGGAGUUGGAGAGGAAACUCUAUGGCACAGAGCAAGCACUAAAACAAAGGCACAGUGACAAUAUGAGGCUCCAAGUCAAGCUUGAAGAACUAAAGAUGAAAUAUACACCUAAUGAGGUGAACAAAGCACAAGUACAGAAACGCCGGCGCGAGAAGUUUCCUGUACCUGUUCCAGAGGAGAAGUCAGCAUCUAGCAAAGAGGAAACUGCAACCAUGGAUGCUGAGCCAAGCAAGGGCUCAAGUGAAAAUACAGAGGAAAAAACCCUCAGUCAUCCUGUUGAGAAGCUGGUUGUGAUCCCGUUGCAGUCUGCACAACCCACAGUACCCAACCCCUGUGAACUGCCCCGUGAAAGCAAGUCUGUUCGAAUCUGCGGGGAUCCCCCAGUCUGCAUUCCUGAUGCGCCCAGGUCAGUGCCAACCUCUGCAUGCCAACCCUUCUCCUUUCUGCUGCGCUGUGUCAACUUUACAGUCUUUGUCAUCUUCCUCUUCCUGGGUUUUAUGAGAACACUCACUCCUCGACCGUCACUUCCCGCUCUGCCGCUGCCUCUCAGGAACCCUGUAGCUCGAAGGAACUUAUUUUGACAUUUAAUCUCAUUUGAUCUUGGUUUAAUGACUACACUGUAAGAUGUGAAGAUAAACUGUUAAAGGACUGUCGAAUCAUUGUGAAAUGUAGCCUGAUAUUUGAGUAAUAUAAAUACAUAGUUGUUAACCUUUUGCACUUCAGCUGUCAGGCCUUUUUGACAGUGACACUAUUUUAAAUUUUAAAGAAACACUCCUGUGGCUGUAGCAAUAAUGGUAGUUUCCAUUAACUUAAUGCUGUUUUAUGACAUUUACAUUUUAACACUUGAGGUCUGUAUUUUGAACCACCACAAACUGAAUGAUUUGC